UUUUUACUUACAAAGUUACGAGUUUCGAGCUACGACCAAAAGUUAUAGUUGUAGCUAUUAAGUAACCGGAGCAACGUCUAAUAUCUUAAGUUCUGGCAACAGCAGUGAGUCAUCGAACUACUGAUUACUAAAAAAAUAUUAGAAUGGAUAAUAAAGCUGUAUACCAACCAAUGGUCACCGACGAACCACAAAAUGAAGUACAAAACUUCAACAUUCAUCCAUUGUCAUCUGAUCAUAUGAAUAUAAGUGUAGCGUUUAAGGAAAUAGUGUCCAAGGAUCCACCCAGGUAUACAAAAUUUCUCGAAGCUGUCAACAAGACAUUUGAAGAAAUUAGUGAUUGUGUUGGUCCAGAAGAGUUUAAAAACAUAAUGGGCGAUAUAUCAUUUUUAAAAAGUAAAAGGAAUGUGACAAAUUUAUUGACUACAUUAAAAUCUCAAAUCAGUAACCUGAUGAGCAAGCAUUUUGAACAAAUUAUUGAGGAAGAAAAUCUAUCUGAAUUGUUUAGUAAAAAAAAUUCAUUAAAUGAGGAAGAAGCAAAAAAAUAUUAUAUAGAUAAUAGUUCUAUGGAAAUAAUAGAAUUAGAAGAGUCUUUGCAUCAACUUGAUUUACAAAUUAUGGGUUUGGAAGAAACUAAUGAAGUAUUGUUCAAUCAAGGAAAGUUUAAUAAACAACGGUUCGAUCAACUAUCAGAAAGGAUAACAAUGUUAAUAGACGAUUGUCAGACUAAAUAUACUGACUGUGUGCAACAAACGGACCUAAUAAGAAAAGAUUUCACCAACAUAUUGAAAGAUCCUUGAAUGAUGAAUAUUAUAUACUAUAUCUUUUGAAUU